AAACAAAAAAGGCCGAUAAGAACAGAAUCGACGACCCACAUCGGCCAGAGUAGCUUCGGUUCUUCUGGCUUGACAACAAAGAAAUCCUCCCCCUCCCCAUUCAUUCAUCUUCGAUCAAAUCAAAAGAUGAGUAGCAUUGGAACUGGAUACGAUCUCUCAGUGACGACUUUCUCCCCCGAUGGCCGUGUUUUCCAGAUCGAGUACGCCGCCAAAGCCGUCGACAACAGUGGAACCGUUGUUGGAAUCAAGUGCAAGGACGGGAUCGUAAUGGGUGUGGAGAAACUUAUUGCUUCGAAGAUGAUGCUACCAGGAUCUAACCGCAGAAUCCAUUCUGUUCACCGUCAUGCUGGCAUGGCUGUUGCUGGGCUUGCAGCUGAUGGCAGGCAAAUUGUUGCAAGGGCCAAAUCUGAAGCCAGAAGUUAUGAGAGUGUUUAUGGGGACGCUGUGCCAGUGAAGGAACUUUCAGAGCGUGUUGCAAGCUACGUGCAUUUGUGUACCCUUUAUUGGUGGCUCAGGCCUUUUGGAUGCGGGGUCAUUCUCGGGGGUUAUGAUAAAGAUGGACCUCAGUUGUACAUGAUUGAGCCGUCGGGCAUUUCAUACAGGUAUUUUGGUGCUGCCAUUGGCAAAGGCAAGCAAGCUGCUAAAACGGAAAUUGAGAAACUGAAAUUAUCUGAGAUGACAUGCAAGGAAGGCGUUAUUGAAGUGGCGAAAAUCAUUUACAAGCUACAUGACGAAGCCAAAGACAAGGCAUUUGAAUUGGAGAUGAGCUGGAUAUGUGAGGACUCAAAACGAGAGCAUCAGAAGGUCCCUGAUGAUCUUCUGGAAGAAGCAAAGACGGCAGCUAAAACUGCACUCGAGGAGAUGGAUGCUGACUAAACUGAGAAAAUGGGUUAAAUUUAGUUUUUGUUCAAUGCAUCGUUUGGUGGUGUUCUGUUGUAAGACUUUGAAUUUUUGUCUCGAGGGGCAAUUGUUGCAUUGCAGUUUCUCAUGAACCUUUGGGACUCUUUCGUCAUUAAUCAUUAUUGAUAUCGACAGUUUUU